AUGAGCAUAUCCGAGCUAGUUACUGUGCUGCGUAUUGCGUAUAAAGUUGAAGAUUUUGAUAAAAUUGAGCAAAGGUUGGUAAAGAGGGAAGCAAAACUUAGGGCGGAAAUUGGACCACUCGAAGAGAAGAUUGAGCUGGAAAGGCUCAAGAGAAUUGAAGUCGAAGAGAGACUGAGAAUAAGAGAGGAGCAAUGUGAAAAGGGGAAGAGAACCCAGGAUAAUUAUGAACAGUUGUUGAAGGAAGUGAAAACAGAUGGUUUGGUUGAAAAACAUGCUAUUGAGGAGUUAAGGAAAAAGAACGUUGCCUUAGAACGUGAAGUGUAUGAGCUGAAGGAGUUCAGGAAAAAAAUGCUAGAUGAUGUCAAAUCCAUGGAUGAAAUAAGGGACAAGAUCCGUGUGUUGAAGGAGGAGAAGGUUGGGGACAAGAAUGCUCUUGAUGUCCUUAUCAUGAAGAACAUUGAAUUGGAGGAAGCAGUUAAGAAGAAUUUGACUAUCAUAGAGGGGUUGAAGAAUGAAAUUGGUAAACUGAAAGACGAGAAGCACGAACUUAAGACAUUAUUUGAAUCAUUGGAGAGGAGAUAUAGCAAACCCCGUGUCAGUGAUGUGAAGUUGGAAGAAAGUACUAUGCCGUUUAUGAGUGAAGAUGCCUCUGAUGGUGGGAACACUGGAGUGGAGCCUAAUCUUGGAGUUUCUUUCGCUGUCAAAGAUGAAAAGGAUGUUAGUGACAACGACCUUGAAAAUGACACUGGGGAGCCUGUUCCUUUACAAAGGGAUGAAGAUACUCAUUACUCUGUUGAUACUGGUACUGGUCAGUCUCCUAAAAAAGGGAACAAGGAGGAUGCUGUAGGUGCAUUAGGGGUAAAAUUCAAAGUGGAAAAGGAGAUUGUGGACCUAAGUGAUGAUGAAGAUGAUGAUGAUAAGUACACAUCACAAGGAUUGCAAGGAGAGAAAGCUAUUUCUCAAAUAAUUGAAGAAAAUGAAUAUCCACAAUGGGUUGAAAUUAUCAAAAGAAAACGUGCUUCUGAUAUUGAGGCUUCUAUUUCCACAUCUACAUCCUCUGCUGAUUUAUUUGAAAAAGAAAAUCUCCCCGUAAAGAAAACGCUGUUGGCAACUCCCACACCAGGCACUCCUUUGGUUUCCUCACCAUCGUUGUCUCUCUCAUGCCAAUCUAGUGCUACUAAGCUUUUAGUUAAGAAGGUUAGAGGCAGCACACGUUUGAGGACCUUGACAAGACGCAUCGGUGAAAAGAAGCUUCAAGUCCACAUUGAUGCAGCUACAGGGAGGCCAUCAGGUCCGAACCGUGACACAUUUACUAGCUAUUUAGGUGCAUUGGCACGUGAGAAGGUGUCGAUUUUGCAUCCUUCAUGGGAUCGGGUGAAGGAAUCAACAAAGAAGUCGCUUUGGGAGGAUAUUUUGGCACACUUUGAGAUAGUACCAUCUGAAGCUAUCAGGAGGAAAACAUUAUCUUCAAUUGCAAGCAUGUGGAGACACUUUAAAACCCAUCUCACUACGCGAUGGGCUUUGAAUGAGGACAAAAUUAACCCAGGAAUGACUCCAUGCAGUAUGUAUGGUAUCAAUGAGGAUACAUGGAAGCAGUUUGUAGAGAUUCGGUCUACUGCAUCUUGGGAGAAAAAGAGAAAAAAAGCUCAAGAAUUGCAAAAGAAGAACGAUACUCCUCACUGGUUAUCUCGAGAGGGUUAUCGGGUAUUGGAGGAGAAAUUGAUGGCUGAAAAGAUCAAAUUAAGGGAAGAGCAGACGUCAGAAUUUGAUAUUGAGCUUCAGACAAACACUAGUCCCCCUUCUCCUCCUUCACGUCAUGUUAAAUGGAAGAGGGCUCGAAUGACAUCAUCAGGCCAAUUCACAUCAGAAUCAGCACUUCAAAUUGCUAAGCGCNNUGAUUCCCUGGAGAUGCAGUCCAAACAGGGUAUGUUUCAUCCCUCCGGACGUCAAGAUAUACUUGCAACUGCUAUUGGACGUCCAGAACAUCCUGGUUAUGUUCGUGCAGCUGGUAAAGGAAAAAAGGAUUGCUGCCCAAAUAAUGUACCACAUGUACUCUCACGUGGUGGUUAUGCAUUACUAGAUAAAAAGAUGAGAAAGUCUUGUGCAGAAGAUUUAGGACUUGAGUCUCCUGACCUAGUACCUCCACCGGCUAGGUAUGAGAUGUGGAAGGCUGUACGAACUAAGUCUGAUGGUCAAAUGACAUCACAAUCUGCUCAACAAAUAUCACAGAGAAUUUUGGUUGAACAAGAAAUUCAGGGUUCACAUGUUAGCCAAGGUAGGAAGGAUAUUCUCACAACGACCAUUGGAAAGCUAGACCACCCAGGUCGUAUACGUGGCAUUGGAGGAACUAUUGGCAUAAAAGAUUACUUUGGACCUAAAGAAAAAGGUACAAAAUCCUUGAGGGCAUUGAGGAAGUUGGAGCUCCAAAUGCAAGAAAGACUGAACAAGCACAUGACUGUUAUGGAGCAACGUUUUAUGGAACAAGACAAAAGGUACUUGAAGAAAGACUUAAAUCCAUGACCUAGCAAAAGGACGAUCCCCCAAUGAAGAUCCAACCGAAUGUUGUGUAAGCGCCAAAGCCUUAUGUUUUGUUGUAGAUUAUAUUGGCUAGUGAGUAUAAACUAUUGGUUAAUGGAGAUUUCCUAAACAUAAUGAUUGUAGGAUGCAACUUGUAGGAAGUUAGAUUAUUCAUGACGCUUCUCUAUUGCAAUAGGAUAUUGAUACAACCUCUUU